ACUCUGCUAGCAGAUAAUUAUAGCGCUCCUAAGACGGCUUCCUGUAGAAGGGUUCUCAGUGCAGCUGGGUGCUCAUUUGUGGACUUUCCUCCGAGAAGUCCAGACUUAGCAUGCAUAGAAACGUCGUUCGCCAUCCUGAAGAGUCGCCUACGUUCGGCAGCUACUGCAGAAGGUCCCU